UGACCACAGCAUGCUCUGCUGAGUUGGCUAAAGAGUCAUACCAACAUUCGUUCACUUAUUGAUUUUUCCCGAAAAUAAAUAGCCAUAGCGCAGCAGUCAACAAAUAACAGUCACACUUGCAUCAUUCACCAGUCGCAGUCAAAAAUCAUAAUAUUACUUCUUCACAAUUAUAUUUAAUGUGAGACAUCAAAGCGAGCAGUAAAAGUUUUAAAUGAUAGUGCCAAAGGAGUUUUUAUUAAAAAAAAAAAUACACAACUUUUGAGCUAUAAAGCUUGCAGUAUAAUUUAACAAAUCAUAUAACUUUUGAGCAAUAAAGUUUGCAGUUGAACAUGGAGUAAUUUAUCAAAGCAUCUAUUAAACAAAUUUGAGUUGUACAGCUUCUGUCAACGAAAUAAAUAAAUUUAAAGUCAGUGUGCCCCACGGCAAAACAAAAACAAGGCAAUAUGAAAACUAACCAAUUAGUAAUCUUACGGCACGGUGAGAGCGAAUGGAAUAAGUUGAAUCUCUUCUGCGGGUGGCAUGAUGCUGAUUUAAGUGAGCAAGGCGCCAAAGAUGCUGUAAAUAUUUCAGCGACAGCAUUGCGUGAAAGCAAUUUAAAAUUCGAUAUUGCAUACUCAUCGGCAUUAUCACGCGCUAGACAAUCAUUGAGUAUUAUAUUGAAAGAAUUGAAUCUCUGCGAUUUGGAAGUUGUAAGCGAUUGGCAUUUGAACGAGCGACACUAUGGAAAUUUAACGGGUUUCAAUAAGCGGGACAUGGCCGAUAAAUAUGGCGAGGAACAAGUGCAGCUAUGGCGCCGCAAAUAUGACGUUCUCCCACCACCAAUUACGCCGGACAAUCCCUAUUAUAGCUGCAUACGCAAUAACCCCAAUUUCAAAAAUAUACCGGAGGCGGAAUUCCCAGACACUGAGUCGCUCAAAGUGCUAAUGCAACGCGUCAUACCAUACUUUGAGAAUGUCAUAUUCAAACAAGUAUUGGCUGGCAAGCGAGUUCUUAUCGUUGCACAUGGCACAGUGGCGCGUGCCUUAAUCAAGCACAUCGAUAAAGUAUCUGAUGAAAACAUCUCCACAGUGAAUGUCCCAAAUAGUAUACCUUGCGUUUUCGAAUUCAAUAUGGAAACCAGUGAAAAAGUUGGUAAUACAACAUUCUUAGCAGAUGAAAAUUAUUUGAACGAGCAAAUACAAAAGACAGCAUCAAUUGGGCGAUCAAAUAAAUAAAAAA